CAUUGGUGUAUUGCACAUAUGUAUUUUAUUAUCUGAGCUCUGGGCAGGCUGUGCAAGCCGUUCUCUAAUGUAACCUUUGCCACUGUUCUGCUUGAUACAUUGCCAGUUGUAAUCGUCAACUAAAAUUUGAGCUGUUGCUUUAAACUUCAUCAUUACUUGCAUCAAAAAUUUUUAUCGGCAGUUGAAACGGGGUUGGAAUUUGUCAAGUAGUCUUUCUGACUUUAGGUUGUUUGCAUACUGUUUUGGGCAAACAGAUAAACUGCUUCCCUAAUGCAGAAGGAUUACAUACAUCGCUGUUGUUACAUAUGUGAUGCGUUUCAAAGUGAAGUACUUUUGCAUACUGAGGAGGAAAGCUUUAUGUUUUCAUUUGGUUUUGAACUUUUGUUUCAUGUUUUUGCUUGGAUUGUACUUUAUGUCUGGCAGCACUUAAGAUCCUUAGUGCUCGAGAACUGUUGAGGUGAUGAUGAAAGAUCCCAGUUUCUGUUGUGAUUAUUCUUCAUUUAGAUUGAUAAGGAGAACGGGUGAAAUGACUGAGGUUUUCCCCGACAGAAAGCAUACACAAUCCAUGCAGACUGUUGGCGAGCUUUAUACUUAAUCACAGUUUAUACGUAAAAUCACUGUAGUUUGUCUGUAGGUUUGUCUGUUAUGUAUGGGAUAGACCAUCCUCCAUCUGAUCUCCUUGUGAAAUUUGCCCACUUGUUUCACUGAGAGGGCAGUGAAUAUUUGGAUAGCAGUUACUGUUUUCCUCUUCCGCAAAGAUCUCUAGAGAGAGGGGAAAAAAAAACAACCCAGCUAAUAAUGACUGGUCAGAUGUGACCUUGCGUAGGGCUUUUCUGUGAGACAGCAUAAGAAACAGAUAAAGCACAUUCCUUUUUGAACCAUGUGCCAGGUGUUUGCUUGCUCCCUUGGGUGCUGUGCAAGGAAUGAAUUCAAUUCCUAUUGAACCUGGUGGGAGCCAAGAAAUCUUAGUCCCUUGCGGGGGGAAAGGCUUGGCAUCUUACAGAGGACUGAGGGCUCUGCACUUACAGGCGCAGCAUGAUAGCUGUAUCAAAAUGUGUGCGUGCGUGCACAUGUGUUUGAAAUAAUGUCAGUUGUUUAAUAAGCUUCCAGGUAGAUGUCUGAGUCAGUGGUUUUGUCAGCUCUGGUCAGAUUGUAAUGAAACCAGACCACUGCCCUGUAUCUCCUCUCAAAUGGUAAUAGGGCAGAGAGGUGAUCCUGAAAGGCAUAGCUUUGAGAGUCUAGGUACAGCAACAUGGCAAACGCGCUUGCAAAUGCCAUCUGUGAGCGCUGCAGGGGCGGUUUUGCUCCUGCUGAGAAAAUUGUCAACAGCAACGGUGAGCUGUACCACGAGCAGUGCUUUGUCUGCGCCCAGUGCUUUCAGCAGUUUCCCGAAGGGCUCUUCUACGAGUUUGAAGGGAGGAAGUACUGCGAACAUGAUUUUCAAAUGCUUUUUGCCCCUUGCUGCCAUCAAUGUGGUGAGUUCAUUAUUGGUCGUGUUAUUAAAGCUAUGAACAACAGCUGGCAUCCAGAGUGCUUCUGCUGUGAUAUCUGCCAACAAGUGUUAGCCGAUAUUGGAUUUGUCAAGAAUGCUGGCAGACAUCUCUGCCGUCCUUGCCAUAACAGGGAAAAAGCCAGAGGCCUGGGAAAGUACAUAUGCCAGAAGUGUCAUGCCAUUAUUGACGAACAGCCUCUCAUAUUUAAAAAUGAUCCUUAUCAUCCUGAUCAUUUCAACUGUGCAAACUGCGGGAAGGAGCUUACUGCUGAUGCUCGUGAGUUGAAGGGAGAAUUAUACUGCCUACCCUGCCAUGACAAAAUGGGUGUCCCCAUCUGUGGGGCAUGUAGAAGACCAAUUGAAGGCCGUGUGGUGAAUGCUAUGGGCAAACAAUGGCACGUGGAGCAUUUUGUUUGUGCAAAAUGUGAAAAGCCGUUCCUCGGUCAUCGUCAUUACGAGAGAAAAGGCUUGGCUUAUUGUGAAACCCACUACAAUCAGCUAUUCGGUGAUGUUUGUUUCCAUUGCAACCGUGUGAUUGAAGGAGAUGUUGUGUCUGCUCUGAAUAAGGCAUGGUGUGUGAACUGUUUCGCUUGUUCAACUUGCAACACUAAGUUAACACUCAAGGAUAAGUUUGUUGAAAUUGAUCUAAAACCUGUCUGCAAACACUGUUAUGAGAAAAUGCCAGAUGAAUUUAAGCGACGACUUGCCAAACGGGAACGUGAAGCAAAGGAUAAAGAGAAGCAGAAAAAGAAAAAGCCAAUCUGUUUGUAAACUUUUUUCCCUUCUCACCACCACCUCUGCUCCUUUCUUCUUUGGAAUAAAUUUGUUGAGUUUGAUAUGAAGCCUGUCUGCAAAAAGUGUUAUGAGAAGUUUCCUCUAGAGCUGAAGAAAAGACUGAAGAAACUUGCUGAAACUUUGGGAAGGAAGUAAAGACUUCAUCUGCUCUCCCCCUCCUUUGUGAAAAUCUUACAUCUAUUACUUGCGGGGGGGGCUGCUUUGAGGCUUCAAUCAGACAACAAAUGAUGAUGUACAUCUUCUAUCAAAUCAAAAUAUCUUAAGAUUCUCUGUUCUCUAUACAUGUAUGCCUAUUUGUUGAUAGACAGACCAUACUUCCAAACUAAAUUAAAUACCAGCUCACCUGAAAGGUUUCUGACCCUGAUAAUGCAGUUGAACUGAUGCAGGUGGCCCAUCCUGCGCAGUAAUCUCUGCAGAAUUUUACAGAGAGAGAAAAUUUGCUUGUGAAUGCCUGCCAAAACAAACUGCAAAUGUGUCCAACUUCAGGGGCAUGCAUUGUCAUUUAUAUUAAUGAAAAUAUUAACCUUUAUAUUAAGCAUGCACACAAAACUUGCCUGCCUGGUGGAAAAAUUCACGCUUGGAUUUCAGGCCAAGUCAUCUCAUUAAGGAGCCUUGUUUCAGACGGUUUGAAGAGUAUCAGAUUUCUAAAUAGAGUCACUGUACAAAUGACCUACUUCCGAUAGAUUAUGCUUACAUGAUGAAUCUUUGUACAUCAGGCUUAGCAUGAAAUACCUAUAUAAAAUAUAUAUUCCUAUUGCAAGAAAUGAGCAUACUCAGAACUACUUGAAUUUUGCUAUAUUCCACUCAAAAUAACUCAUUAACUUUUAUAUAUGCUUUUGCAUUCUAUUUACUUUUUGUGCCUUAUUCUGCUGGACCAUACAUAACAGUGUUCCAUUAAAUAUAUAUAUAGUUUUAUUUUUUAUUUCGUAUUUUUAUGCAGAAACUAUAUACAAGGUAUUUUCAAAAGAUAACACUUUGCCUUAAUUAUACAGGAUGCAAGAAGUAUUUUAUUUCAAAUGUGAACACCUGAGCUUAAAAUUUAGCUUCUAGACUGAGUUAAUCUUCUGAACAAUACUGAAAAUGCGUAUUUCAGUUAACUGGCAAUAUUACUUUUACACCUAUGAGUGUAAAUGUACAAGGGUUGAUCCUGCUAGGAUCUAUUUCUUUAGCCAUCUUCAAGAACUGAGUUCACAAAUCAUCGGAAUUCCUUAUAACAUACAUUUAAUUGUUUUAUACUAUUGACUUCUGUCCAUGCAAAUCUGUUUUAUUUUUCCCUUUCUUAUAGAAAAUACAGUUACUUAGGACUUCUUGAUGGUACUACAUUACGAAGUACGCAAACAUUUUUUUAUUCUUUUUAUAUUAGUGACUUAAACAGAUUUUAUGUAAUUACAUCAUAGGAAGUAAAAUUUUCUUUCCAGUUUAUGAAAAAUUAGUUGCUUUAAAACAUCUGCUUUCAAGCGUCAUCAAUAAAGGCUUAUGUUAUUAAA